AUGAGCAAGCCUCUGCUCCGGAUCCCUUACACGGACCUCCCCCUGCCCUCAGUCAUCGCACCAGCUUCAGCUUCUACCCUGCCCGGUGCCAUUGCCGCCCUCCACCGUUUCUUUGUUGCUCCGUCUCCGGGACAUUUGCCCUCUUCGGCCGUCGUUCUCACAGGCGCAGGUCUGUCAGUUGCUUCUGGCCUAGCAGAUUAUCGAGGUGUCAAGGGCACUUACAAGGUCAAUAAGACAUAUCGUCCCAUCUACUAUCCCGAAUUCCUUAAGAGCCAUGAAUCUCGCAAGAGAUAUUGGGCUCGCAGCUUUCUAGGAUGGUCUAAUCUACAAAAGGCAGCGCCAAAUAGCGGUCACUAUGCUAUAAAGGAUUUGGGGGAUUUAGGUCUGAUACGAAGUGUUAUUACUCAGAAUGUCGAUUCGUUUCAUCCGAGAGCUCAUCCUAAUCUACAAACUUUAGAGUUGCACGGAUAUCUAAGAGCCGUUGUUUGCACCACCUGUAAGAACGAGUUCUCGCGAAACGAGUUCCAGGAGAAGCUGGCCAGCCUCAACCCUCGAUGGGCUGAGCUACUCAAGAAAGCCCUCGAGUCGGGGGCGCUAGAUACCGAAGACCCAGUCGAACGCCGCUUCAAGGGUCUCAAGGUCAAUCCUGACGGCGAUGUUGACCUUCCAGACGCUCCGUACACAACUUUCAGAUACCCCCCUUGUCCUAAGUGCUUGUCUCACCCACCAAAUGAUUCCGACGGCCACAAACAUGUCGUGCAAGUCGAUACGGAUGGAGCCUGGAAGAUCCCCAGCACAGCAGGUAUUUUGAAGCCUGCUGUUGUCAUGUUCGGAGAGAGUAUCGACCAUCAUGUCAAACACGCUGCUGAAGAAGCCAUUGACAAGGCUGGAAAGCUGCUUGUGGUCGGCACAUCGCUUGCCACUUAUUCGGCUUGGAGGCUGGCCAAGCGAGCUCAAGACCGGGGCAUGCCCAUAGCCAUCAUCAGUAUGGGCGGUAUCAGAGGCGAGGACAAGUUUUUUGCAGAUAUGGAUCCAAACCAACAAGGCGAGCAGGGUGUUAGAGUCGCUUUGUCGACAGACGAUCUUCUUCCUGCUCUUCUUUCUGCCCUGCGCAAUGAUGUAGCACCAUCAGAAGCACCAACAAAGGCUUCAUUGCAAGCUUCCGUUGCAAACCCUGGCAUCUUCAAGGACAUGCUUUCUUAA